GUGAGUGUGUGUGUGAAAGAGAAAGAGGGGCUGCAGAAUACAGUGGCUCAAGCUGGCUCUCACCGCUGCACAUUUAAACACUAGAAGGCAUGAAAAUGUGAUUUUUGAAAGAGGAAAAAGCAAAUCUUUUUUUUUUUUUUCUCUCAUCUGUAUUUUAUCCAUCGGAUCUUUAUCUCAUCUGUUCUCUUUGUGGUUUAUAAAGGAGGUCGCAGCGGAUACAACGAGGAGCAACACAGACUGAACUGCAGACUGGAAGCAUGUUUCUAAGGACGAGGCCAGUCUCAUGGGAUAGCCAUGACUUGUCUUCAUGACAGCUAUGUCAAUCAGCCCUCUCUGCAGUGACCCCUGCAUAGCAAAGGAUGCUGGGAAAUAAUGAGCACUUUUAUCCCGGUCAGGAUGACAAAGAUGGGGAGGAUGAGGAGGAGGAAGAGGAGCAGGGAGGAGAAAACACAGACGGGGAAGAUGGACGUGACUCGGAGAAUGGAGGGUUAGAGGGUCUGGAUGAGGAGGACAUGACGAGAGGACGACAAUCCUGGGAAGGGAAAGGUGGCGAGGUGGUGAAACCAGCUGCCAUAGUGAUCGGCCGACAGAGAGCGGACAGGCCGCUGAGGCCGGGCCACAGAGGAUUCGGUUACAUGUCAAAUCAAGCUCCGUUACACCACCAAGCAGCCAAUAAGCAGCAGCAGCAGCAUCCUUUCAAUGCAGCCAAUCAGAAGCCUCAUCACCCGGGCCUGAAUGCGCUGCAGAAGAGACGAGCUCCCAUGGAACGCAGCAUGACCACGAUGGCUCCUUUAGAGGACACCUUCCUGACAAUGAUGGUGUUUCGUAUUGGAAUUCCAGACAUCAAACAAACAAGGUGUCUCCAGUUUGACCAGGACUGCACGGUGUGGAGCGCCAAGCAGCAGAUCGUCCUCACCCUCAGCGAGUCGCUGUGGGACGUCUACAACUACGGCCUCUUCCAGCCAGCUGGAGACGGACGGGACGCCAAGUUCCUGGAGGAGGAGCGGGCCCUGCGAGACUACUCCCAGUCUUUUGAGAAAGGCGUGCCUUACCUGGAGUUUAGGUACAAGACCCGAGUUUAUAAACAGACCAACCUGGAUGAGAAGGCUCUUGGAAAGCUCAGCACAAAGGCCAGUCUGAAGAAGUUCCUGGAUUAUAUUCAGACUGGAGCAACGGAGAAAAUAGCAAAAGUCCUUGAUAAAGGUCUUGAUCCAAAUUUUCAUGAUCCUGACACCGGAGAGACCCCGCUGUCUGUGGCGGUGCAGUCUGGUCUGCCAGUGGAGGGCAUCAAGGUGCUGGUUCAGGGCGGCGCUCAUUUGGACUUUAGGAGCAGAGACAGCUUGACACCAGUGCACAAAGCUGUGAGGAUUCAUAAUCACGCUGGGUUGCUGGCUCUCUUGUCCCUCGGAGCGUCUCCUGACUACAAAGACCGCUGUGCCCUGACCCCGCUGUACCACACUGUGCUGAUAGGGGGCGACACGUCCUGCUGUGAGACCCUGCUCUACUACGGAGCGAGACUAGGGACAAGGGAUGAGAAUGGUUGGGAUGAGUCCCAUCAGCACAGGGAUGAAGAGGAGUUUGGAAUGGAAGAAAUGCAUAAGGCUUGCCAGAAUGGCUUUGCCCAGCACUUGGAGCAUCUGCUGUUUUAUGGGGCAGACACCACUUCUCAAAAUGCCUCAGGGAACAGUGCACUUCACAUUUCUGCCCUGUACAACAAGGAGAGCUGUGUCCGCGUUCUUCUGUACCGGGGAGCAAACAGGGAGGCAAAGAACAAACAUGGUCAGACCCCCUUUCAGCUAGCUGUAGUUUCUGGUCACUUUGAACUCGGGGAAAUCAUCAAAAACCACAAAGAUUCUGACGUAGUGCCCUUUUUGGAAUCGCCAAAGUUUGUUCCCAAAAGAAAUGAGAGCGCCCACACACUGCCUCUCCCCUCGCUCCAUUCCCACCACCUACUGCGUGCUAACAGUGAUAGCACCAUGACCCAGUCUGAACCUCUGGCCCUCCCCAUCAAGGCUGCAACCAAUCCCAACCCAGGACAGGCCCAGCGCAGAGCCUCCAUCGGGAUGAGAAGCUCCAGCAGCCCCAGAACUCGGACCCGCUCCCCAUCCAGAGGGAGAGGAGGCCAAAGUGACACGGAGGAGAGGCACCGGCAGCCGCGAGGUAGACAGGGAGCAACCUCUGCGGGCGGCGGGGGAGGUCACAUAAAGCGCAUGUACAGUGCGGUGCCGGGUCGGGUGUAUGUGGCCACACGCGCCCACUCUGCUGGUGGAGACAGGGAGCUCUCAAUCAGCAAAGGGGAUAAAGUUAAAGUAUUGAGUGUGGGAGAGGGGGGAUACUGGGAGGGAACAGUGAAAGGUCGCACUGGCUGGUUCCCCUCAGACUGUGUGGAAGAAGUGGCGGCUCCCACCAGAGACAAUCGAUCAGAGACGCGUAGCGAGAAAGCCAAGAGGAAGCUUUUCCGAAACGUCACUGUCGGAGCCUACGACGGCACCGACGGCCCCAGUGACUACAUCAUUAAGGAAAAGACAGUGCUCCUACAGAAGAAAGACAAUGAGGGCUUUGGCUUUGUGCUCAGGGGAGCCAAAGCUCAGACUCCCAUAGAGGAGUUCACUCCAACGCCAGCGUUUCCCGCGCUGCAGUACCUGGAGUCAGUCGAUGAAGGGGGUGUGGCGUGGAGGGCGGGCCUGAGGAUGGGGGAUUUCCUCAUCGAGGUCAACGGCCAAAAUGUGGUGAAGGUUGGCCACCGGCAGGUGGUCAACAUGAUCCGCCAGGGAGGCAACAGCCUCAUGGUGAAAGUUGUGAUGGUUGCUCGGAACCCUGAGCUGGAGGAUACCACCCGGAAGAAGGCCCCGCAGCAGACGAAGAGACUGACUCCUCCUGCCAUUGCCCUGCGCUCCAAGUCAAUGACAUCAGAGCUGGAAGACAUGGUGGAGAAAGCGGCCUCUCCAUGGAAAAAGAAAGCAGAUUACGAGUCCUCUCAGGUUCCUGAUAAGAAAAGGACAGUCUAUCAGAUGGCACUAAAUAAACUGGAUGAAAUCUUAGCUGCUGCCCAACACACUAUUACACCAGACAACCAGGGCCAGAGGGGUCACGGAGGCAAGAGGGACCGGAGCAAGAGCAUUGUUCCCAAUGUCUCCAAUGAGCAACCCUAUGAGCAGCAGUCAGCCAUGAGCAUGGUGCAGCAAGGACCAGGUUUUGGCUACAACCAAGCUCAUUUUCAACCAGGCCACGGUCCUCAGCAUGCAGUCAUGAUGCGUCAAAAAUCUAUUGGUAUAACCGAGGAGGAGAGGCAAUACUUACACCCCCCUGCUAUGAAGCUGGCUCGCAGCCUGUCAGUGCCGGGACCGGAGGAAAUCCCCCCACCCCCUAACACAUCUGCUCCAGAACCGCCAUUAUCUGCAGGCCCUCAUCCUGGGAGAGGGCCUGCUAUGCCCAUACCCCCUGUAUCUCAAGCCCACUACCAGGCCCACUCCCAGCCAGGGCAUUCUACUCAAGCUGGCUGGGAGAGGGGAGGCACUGGUGGGAUGAACCAGCAGGUCCCUACUCUCAGGAGACAAUCGGAGGGACCGGAGGCAUCCAAGAGAGGGGGUGGCAAGAUGGGAGGGUUAAGGAGAGGCUAUAGCAGCGCUACGCCACCAACAAGCGCUAAACCUAAGGCCCCACAGGCACCGCAACAUCAAGCGCACACAGCCAACCGGGAGCAGGGUGGAGGAGUUGGCAGGGGCGGAGCCAGGAGGGGUGGUCGAGGGGCUUUGAUGAAGCAGUCAAAAGUGGAAGAUGGGCUGCGACAACAAAGAGGUAAAGGAGCUGCUGCAAAAGAGAAGAGCUCAAUCCCCAUUCCUACCAUUAUCGUCAAAGCGCCCUCAACAAGCAGCAGUGGCCGUAGCAGCCAGGGAAGCAGCAUGGAAGCUGAUGCCUCCCAGGAUGUAGUAGACCACACUUCAGCUGAUGCAACCCCAGACAUCCCCAACACCAGUCUACCAUCACCACUAACCUCCUCACCACCUCAGCCCCAGACAUCCUCUUCCUUGCCUUCGUCAACUGUCACCCCCUCUGUUUCCUCACCUCAAAACCUGGAAAACUUGGACUACACUUCAAUUUUUGGUACAGCCUUUGGGGGAGGAGGAGGAGCACGCAGGGAAAGAGAACGUUUUCGAGAUAUGAGAAGAAAGAGCGCUUCUUUCUUCCUAUCAUCUGAGGAGGAUAUUCAAGGAGAGGCAGGAGGAGGAGCAGGAGAUGGAGGAGGAGCCCUAGGGGUAAGAAUUCAGCCUUUGCAGGGCUCACAAGUGGAUGUACCCAUGCCUCGACUCCGGCCCUCGAAGUCUAUAGAUGAGGGCAUGUUUUCUGGAGACAACUACGUCAACUAUUCCAGCAGCAUGCCCCCAGCCUUUGGCCUGCCUGAGUAUUCCUCCCCUGUCCUUGGUCAGGAUGGACAGCCCAAGUCUGCUCCCUCAGUGUACGGCGCCCAGCCAGCUACUACUUUCAUCCAUCCACUUACAGGAAAAGUUCUCGAUCCUUCAUCACCGCUUGGCCUGGCCCUAGCUGCAAGAGAAAGAGCCUUAAAAGAUGACCGCCGGACACGCCGAGAAGACAGACACUUUGGUCGGCAGAUGUCCACUGUGGGAGCAUUCCCAACCCCUGCUCAGACCCCAGCUUCUUCCCUGUUUGCAACCCCCACGCAAUCGACCUACACUUCACCUGUGUCGCUCCAACUAAGCUCCACCACCACCUCGCCUGCAUCUCUGAGCCGGCCACAGUCACCAAGGAUAUUACGUUUGGGAGGAGGAAGUGGGGAUAGGACUGAGAGAGAAAAGGAAGGAGGGCCCAGAGAGGGUCUUCGAGUUCGCUUUUCAGAGGACAGAACCAAUCAGUAUUCGACUCAGUAUUACCCGCAGAGUCCCAGGGAAAGAGAAAGAGAAAAGGAGUUGUACGACAGCAGACCUGCUUCAUCCAUGCAGCCUCCUCCACCUCCGGCUCAACCUGCCCCCCGCAGACCUUCCUUUCUGCAGAUGGACAGCACUUCAAACACCAGCUACAUCCCUCAGUACACUGUCCCCACAGCCCAAGCACAGACAGAUCAAGCUAUGGGAGAUGUAAGAGUAGGGUCGGGUGGAAGUCUAGGACUGAUGGUUCUCCCUCCACCAGCUCCGUCAAUAGACGCAGAUGAUGAGUUUGUUUUUGCUGAUCCCUUGCCCCCGCCUAUACAGUUUGCUAAUGGUAAAAGAGAGAGAGGCCAGGAGUUUACUCAGCGCUAUCAACACCCAAGUCAACACUCUGCUGCUGUUGCUCCACCUGCCCCACCACCUCUUCCAUCUCCCAAGCCCUCAAAUGUUCCCCAGUCCUCUUCACAGGGUGGUGACUCUGCUACCUCCAGCCUUACCUCCUAUGACAGCGAGGUAGCCAACCUAACACAGUCAGCUCUCUCUCCAGCUUAUCCAUCCCCUCAGAUAUUCCCCCCUUCGUCCACUACUACCAACACCUCUAAUGCUGCUCUGCCUCCUUCACUACACAGACCUCAGCCUAUGUCUCAUUCUCAUGCCUAUUACAGUGGCGUUAAUGACCCCUCAGUAGGUGGCCACACUCUUUCCCAGGACAGAGGUACGGCUGCCCUCACCCCCACCAUGACAUAUGCUACCACAACCAUGACAGCCACUGUUGCCGCCACCACUACAACCUCACAUGCAUCCUCUGACUACAGCAUCGGCCUGGCUGGGCCCAAGGCUGGCCUCACCGCCGGGGGAAAAGCUGCAGACCACACUCACCACACCAAUACUAUAUCCAGGAGCGGAGACUGGCAAGACGGUGUGGUGGAUUCUGGGAUUGAGGAGCUGGACAGUCACAGCAGCAGUGACCACCAUUUAGAAAUGCUGGGACUAAGUGGUUUGAGAGGAGAGAGGGGAGGGGUUGGAGGAGACGGGCGAGGAGGAGAGAUGGAGAAAAGUAGCGAACAUCAGGAUCCCUGUACAACCUACUCAGGUGGGCAAACAUUUGAGGUGCACAGUGCCAAACUGGCAAACCCUGUGUUUCCAAAGAUGACUCAUUACAAGGACGGAGGAGGGAGGGGCCAGUCAGUAGCACUACGCAGGCAGAACAGCACCAACCCUGCUCCACUUCAGUUGCACAGACAAAGCAACCUAGAGGACGCCAGGUUAGAUGAAGCUCUCAUAGAUGAGAGGAAGCUUAAGCAGAGUCGAUCCAAAAUGGAAGAUGGCUUUAGCACAGCUCUGGCCGCCUGCUUAGAAAGACCUAUUGACACCCGGUCGGUUGGCUGGGGUGAGGUCGAGGAACAUGAGCAAGGUGGAGGAGUCCAAAGAGGUGGCAUGGUCUUGGAGGGCCGCAGGCUGCACUCGCCUCUUUCUGGUGUGAAGGCCAGCAUCAUCACUGAACUAAGCUCCAAGCUGCAACAGAUGAGUACCAUGAAGAGCAUGGAUGACUGGAGCCACACUCCAAAAUCACCCACCAUGCAUAGGUAUUCAGCAGAUUUUACUGAUGCGUAUCACAGCCCCCCCACCGGCCGCUCCACCUCGCCAUUACCCACCUACUCCCCACAGCACCGUCAGAUUCUGACACCCAACCUUUCGGCCACCCCUACUAUGUCCCCUACUCAUCAAGUACCAGUUCAGCGGAGUUGGACCCGAUCCCCUUCCCCACAAAUGCCUACAUCUCCGGUUCUUUCCCACCCUCCGCAUUCCCCGACCUACUGCCCAUACCCAACAUCGCCGAAGCAUCGCUCCAAGUUCCGUAGACAGACUUUUGAUUUCCAGUGCAGUCCCACUAAGGAGAUGCGGUCCUCAGUCUCUCGGCGCCGUGCCCCAAGCCCUCUCAUCUAUAACACCGAACAACCAAACCCCACCCCACCUAGGCCCACCUCGCUCCCCAUACUUCCCACUACACCUGUCUACAACAAUCCGUUUGACUUUCCCGGGCCCCUCACUCCUCCUUCACCUGGCCUCCCUCUAGGAGACAACUACCAGGCCUCAACAUCUCCAUUGUACUCCCCAGCCGGCGUUCCAAGCCAAAAUCCCCUACUUGUCUCCCGCUCUCUCUCUCCCACCCACUUUCUCUCUGGAGCCUCCUCCCCAAUGCAUUUGCCCCUCAGCCCGUCUUGUCUCAACUAUCCCCAUCUCACCCCUCCUCCACCAGCCAAACCCUUUGCCGUCAAACCCCUGCCCUUCUGGACCAAGUAUGACGUUGCAGACUGGCUGGCUUAUCUAAACCUGAGUGAACACAGGGAGCGUUUUAUAGACAAUGAGAUUGAUGGAUCGCAUCUGCCUUCGCUCACCAAGGACGACUUCUUGGACCUGGGAGUGACACGUGUGGGACACCGAAUGAACAUCGAGAGGGCACUGAAGAAACUCACUGACAGGCGGCUCUCCUCUCCUUUUCAUCUCACUACUUCUCCCCGAGACACAGACUGACAGAGCGAAGGGGAGAGACUGAACAGUGGACAUCAACAGGCUGGAUUAAGACAGUUCUGGACAUUUGAGGGGGGGCUGUUUAGAAUUUGCUUCACAUGUAAAGACUAUUGUUAUGAAACUUGUGGAUUUCUGGUCAAGGAAGGGUAGGAAGAAAUGAAGAGUACACGAAAACAACGCUCUCCAACUGAAGGAUUCUGUAAAACUUUAGAUGGACAGGCAUUUAAUUAACACACCGUUUUGUGCUGUAAAAGACAAGUACGCUCACAUCGAGUGCACGGAUGGACUCUCGCACCGUCUGCGGCUCAGCAGCACUGACAAAACUUUGGUCUGUGUUCGAAGAAAAGUUGCAUCUUAAAGGGUGAACCCCUAUAAAGUGUUGUUUUCUGGUGAAAAGAGAAACAUUAGAGCCACAUCAUGACAUCAGUUUUGUAGCUUUAAACAUAUGGGUAUGAGUACUGCAGCCAAAGUCAGAAUAAGAGAUAAAGGGGUUUUGUUUGUAAAUGAUGCUAGAGGAAAAUGAUAGACAACAAUAGUAUUCUUUUUAUAUAUAUAUAUUUGCCAUAUACCCCCAAAGGAUUCCCCCAGUAGGCUUUGUAUGUACGUACUUUGCGAGCACUAAAUAUAUCUUACAUGUUAAACUGGAUUCACUAUUAGUAGAACCAUUUGUUUUGUACUAAGUGCUGAUCGCAAUCAUUCAUUUCAAACAGGUCAGGGUAUUUUAAACUGUUGAAGUGAAGGUAUGAAUAAUGAGGGCAUACAGAUGUUGAUACAAUGUUGGUAGGAAAUGAGCUGCUUUUAUUUUCCUAAUCAUCCUCUAGAAAGGAGAGACAGUGUUUGAGAGCCACUGAAACAGGUCUGCAUGUCACUUCAAGCUGCAAAUCGCUCUUUAGACUUAAUGGGCGUUCACGGCCAUAGCACAGGUCAAGGGAUGGAUCCAUCCUCUCUGAUGCCAUAAUGUUGAGCGCUCUCUCUCACACAGCAGGUGAUCAAAAAGGGCUUUUUACGGCUACUCUGUCUGCCUGACUUCCUCAACCUUCAGCCCCUGUGAGUCCGUGUGUGUCUGAUUUUGUGCGUGCGUGUUCGUCGGCCUGCGUCGGUGGCUAAAUGCUUCCCCUGACCUACACCUUUUUCGAUUUCUAAGGCCUUUUCCAAAACAUAUUUAUAACAGUCAGCGAACAAGACUUUUCUCACCAGUUGACAAUCCCAUGUUUCCCUGUUCCACACAUAACCCUUCAAAAAGAAAAAACUCUGACCCACUUUAAAAAAAAGUUGUUAUUUUUUUCCAAAGUCAAAACUGUAUAUGUUUCAUAGAGGUGAACAAAAACACCCGGCAUUUUUUUUUAAACAUGCCAGUUUAGCCGUUCCUUGCAGAGAAUUCAACACAUCAUUUAUAGAUCUAUAUGUAAUGAUGAUGAUGACAAUGAUAAAAAAUAUAGUAUAAUAAAGAUAAUAUUAUUAAGUAUGUAAUCAUUUUUAAGAAUCUCUGUCCUCCAGAUAGUGUGGACAAAUUCUUUGAAGCUUUGUUUGGUUUAUGUUUUAAUUUGGGGUUUUCAGUCAAUGCUUUCUCUACUGCUCUCCGGUGAAGCUGACACGUUAUUUAAUGUGUAUUCUCUAUUUGUGAGUAUACAAAUAAUGACUCUGUUACACGCUGGAUGCUAUUCCAGAGAAGUGGAAGGACUGAGCAGUAGUGUAGAAAGCAUAACAUGCUAUGAAUUAGAGUAUUUUAGGUCUAGCCAAAUGCAUUAUGAAUAUGACUUCAUGCAGUAUGAGUGUAAGUAUGCAGAGAUAAAAAGGUAUAUAUAUAAAUUAUAUAUAUAUAAAGUUUUGUUUUAACUAAAACCGUAUAAAAGUUGAUAGAGAUACAACUAAGGUGUUGAAAUAAAUGCUAAGAUAAACUGUGA